CCUGUAGAUAUCCUAUAUCCUGUUUCAAUUAGAUUAGGUGUAUAAACUAGGAUUUACCAGUCAGCCACCACCAGUCACCAGGAUUUACAUUUGUCGAAUGGAUGCGGAUCUGCCAGAAAAGUUGUAGCUAAACUAUUACAAUCGAAACAUGGCUCCAUUAAACCCAUCUUUACAAGCGGUAUGUGCGCUCCUUCUAUUAGGUGUAUGUCUAGCAACACCAGAUGUUCAGCCUACGGGAGUAAACUGUGCGGUUUGGCCUCCUGCCGGCCGGGAUGGUCGAGACGGACUGCCUGGGACUGCUGGUGUAAACGGAAGGGACAGCAUGCCUGGUCGCGACGGCAGAGACGGGUUUCCCGGCGAGGCCGGGGCACCGGGAGUCGCCGGAGAGAAGGGAGAGAAGGGACUUCCAGGAAUAAUUGGAGUGUCUGGAGUAUGUGAAGAAUGUGAGAGAAGAAAGAUUUACCAGUGUACAUGGGAUGCAUCCAAUGAUGGAACAGACAUAGGAGUUAUACAUCAAUGUGCUGUGAAGAAGCGUACCAACACGACAGGGCUCCACGUAAGGUGGAGUGGUAAUCUGCGCAACAUCAAAUCUGGUGGCAAUGACUGCAGUCGCUGGUACAUCACAUUCAAUGAGGCUGAGUGCAACAACCCUGCACGCAUAGAUGCCCAAAUCUAUGACAGUACGGAUGGACACAACAUGCACAUACCUUCCUCUAUUGAGGGGAUUUGCUAUAUGCUGCCCGCUGGUCCAGUACUGGUACAGCUUCACACAGGCGACUGUAGACCUGGACAUGGACAUGGAGACACCUACACCGGCUGGGAAAGUGUCUCCCGCAUGAUCGUAGAGGAAAUUGAGAUGUAAACACAAUAAGAGAUGACGUUACGACCCAGGAAAUUACCACUCAUGAAAGAGGACGACACAAAUAGCAAGAAGGCUCUUACAGCUUAGUAUUUUUAACAGUAGGCCCAGUCCCACAAAAGAACCUACACAAAGAAAAUAAUCUCCCUACACAAUGACUCGGCAGGCCCUUCAUGGGUUCAACGGCGACCAGACGAAAUUGGAUAGCAAUGGAUUCACACGAUCACGUGGCAUCACAAAGGAGGAAAAUACUACACACACAGAAAUGGUGCCCCCUCAGCAAGCUCAAAAUAAUGCCGACAAAUUCCAGAAUUGCAUCUCAGCCUAAUCGAUCGCACCUUUCGUGUACUGGUUCCUUCUGCCUGUCACCAUCUGGUAAGAACUCGUCCUUCCAUGGCUGUGCAGGAGGACCACAUGCGGCUGCCAGCUGUGUGACAUCUGCUACUACAUGAACAGUGAGACUCUCUGGGGCAGUGAUCAACUUCCUUAACUCCUCCAAUCGUGCGAUAACCUUCAAAAGACGUCAGCAACCAUUGUACAGAGAGCUGCAGAGUUUUUCACUACCAGCACCAUAUACAUAUAUCAACGUAUUUCCCGUGUGCUAAAAUAUUAGAUUUAGAUGAAGGUAGUCACUUGUUUAGAGAAUAUACCAAUUUGAUACCGCAUCAUUUGUAUUUGACUGCAGUAUUGCUGUUCGUUUGUAUUGUCUUAUUGGAUAAAAAACCAAGUAAUAUGAAUGUCCAAUGAUUAAAAUGGAAACUGAUAAAAUGCUGAUCGACAAAGUAAAAAUCAAUGAUUAAACCUACUACAUUUUAAUUAUUUAAUAGGUUCUAGACAGCAUUUCAUACCUCACUUGGAUUUGUUUUCAGUUCCUCCAGCAUAAGAGUAAGAAAUCUCUGCUGCCUCAUCAUUCCAGAGAUAUAAUGAUUACUCUCUAAAAUAAAAACAAAAAAUCACAAUUAAUGAAAUUAUAAUGUAAACAAAUUUAUUACCACUCUUACCAAAACAAAUGUAAUAAACCAAUCGAGUAAACUGUCA